UACUAGUCUUCACGCACAACUUCUCCUGGAAGGCAGACACCGUUGGACGAUAUUAGCUUGGCUUCUUAGCGGAAAAUCCCUAUUUUUGCGAUUGAAUCUCAGUAUUAUUUCCAAUAUUAGACAUUGUGAUCAAUAUCCCUUCAUUUUCUCGGAGGACCUACAUCGCAUUUUCCCCCAGCGGGAGCUUUUCAACGUAGCCGAGCCGAGGAUCUCGCUCCUUUUGUCUGUUCGCUGUUGUUUAUUCAUAUCGCUUGAACUUGUGCCUCUCGACAACAACAGCGUCCGCUUUCGUUUCAGUUUUCGUUUAAACGGAAUGAAUGACCAAGUCAAAGGAGGUUGAUGUCCACAACAACCCGGCUCACCUCACCUUCGCUUCGCCUAAGGAACGGAGACUCCAUCUCCGGCACAAGAUGGAAAGCGGAGGCGGGGGGGAGAGCUCGGAUAGCGGACAGACGCAACACGCGGAGAUACUAUUAGCUCAGGGGGGGAAGAAGAAAAUUCACCGUGCUCCUUCACCGGCUAGACCCAAGGAUGUGCCCGGGUGGUCCCUCGCGAAGAUCCGCGGUGGUAUCGGUGGAGUCCCCAGUUUGAGCGUGAAGCCGGGAGCCAUCCAUAUUUCCAGGCGCAGCCCGAUCGGAAGUCUAAAAGAUGCUAAAAGCGCUGGCAAAUCGGUGUCGAAGUCUUCCACUUACGCGAAAAACUCGGCUGUUAAGAAUGCGAAAAGUAGCGGCGGCGCGAGGAGGAAGGUGUCAGACGCCAGCAUCGGCUCCGACGAUCUGUCCAAGGAUUCCGGCUGCGCUCCCGGGAAACUCUCCCCGACGGAUAGCAGCUCGGAAUUGUCGGAUUGCGCCUCCGAGGAGCAGAAACUCUCCAGCAGCGACACCGAAUCCAGGAGCAGCCGAGGCGGAGGGCUGGAAGGAGACAACCCGCUCAGCAACGGGGCCAAAAGUCACCGGUCGUCCGUCGGUGUCGAAGCCGGCGAGCAGAUCGCGUCUACGGGGGAAGAACAGUCGGUGACUUCGGUGCCAGCGAGCACAUCUCUGGCCUUCUCUGACCUGACCGAGGAGUUGGUGGACGGAAUGCACGAGGAGUUUGUCAGGGAAAUCGAGGAGUUGAGAUCGGAGAACGAUUAUCUCAAAGACGAGAUGGAAGAGCUGCGAUCUGAAAUGCUGGAGAUGCGAGACAUGUACAUGGAGGAUGACGUCUACCAGCUUCAGGAACUGCGGCAACAACUUGAGCAGGCAAACAAGACCUGCCGCAUCCUGCAGUACCGGCUAAGGAAGGCAGAGCGGCGCUCCCUGCGAGUGGCCCAAACGGGACAAGUGGACGGUGAACUGAUCCGAACACUGGAACAGGAUGUCAAAGUGGCGAAGGACGUGUCCAUACGUCUCCACAGUCAAUUAGACAGCGGAGAGAAGAAGAGGGCCCGUCUGGAGGAGGAGAAUGAGGAACUCAGAACCCGACUCCAGGAUCUGGAGGUUGCCAAACAGGUCCUGCAGCAGGAAAUCGACAAGAAUUGCCAGAAGAAAAGAGGAGCGCGCCCCAACAACAAACCUGACAAGAAGCUUGUUCCGCAGGAGGACAGCUCAGACCUGAAGUGUCAGCUUCACUUCGCCAAGGAAGAAUCGGCUCUGAUGUGCAAGAAGUUGACCAAACUGGUGAAGGACAGCGAGGCCAUGAAGGAGGAGCUAGCCAAAUACAGGUCAUUGUACGGGGAUGUUGAUGCUUCCAUCACCAUAGAGGAGGUUGCUGAUUCACCUCACACCCGCGAAGCAGAGGUCAGAGUUCACUUGAAGCUAGUGGAAGAGGAAGCCAACCUGCUGAGUCGGCGAAUCGUGGAGCUGGAGGUGGAGAACAGAGGCCUACGAGCUGAAAUGGAUGACAUGAAAGGGCCACAAGAUGGGCCUCAAGAACUUAGUAGUGGGAGCGUUAGUCCAGGGACGGGACCAAUCGUCGGCGCUUCAUCCGAAAAUGUCAUGGAGCUUCAGCGACACCUCCAGUUCGUGGAGGAAGAGGCGGAACUCCUGCGUAGGUCUCUGAUUGAGAUGGAAGAACAAAACAAGCUCCUGAUGAACGAAAUCAACCGCUACAAGUCCGAACUGCCACCACUGACGGAUCCACUCUCUUCCCCUUCCGUCACGUCGCUUUCGGACCGGCUGCUUUACGACGGAACGCUUCACUCCGUGCAAGAGGCGGCUGUUCUCAUCAGCCCCGACGUUUCCCCUCUGGAGGAAGAACUCGGAGUGGCGCGGCAUCAGAUCGGAGAGCUGAGCGGGAAGGUGAAAAAACUGCAGUAUGAGAACAGAGUACUUCUUUCCAACUUGCAGCAGUGUGACUUGGCUUCCUACCAGCCUCAGUCGUCCUCCUCGUCUCUGCAAGUUGCUCCGGAUACGGAUGGAGAGAUUGGAGAUUGUGUCCCUAAACGACCACCGCACCGCAAAGAGCCAUUAGGGGUAGAGAAUGUGUCACUGGAGAGCGGUGAACAAAACAACAAGAUGGACAAAACCCCUGGGCUAAAAACCUCACGGUUGGCCCUCCCUGGGUUGAAGGACAAUGACGUUUUGCAGGCCAUGAGGGACCAGGCUCGGCUGAUUUCCACGGCGAUACAGCUCCUCACCUCCCCGGAAUCCAACUGCCUUCCAAGCUUACCGUCCGUUUAUCACAGCAGCGAGGCAGCAGAGUUGUGCGACGUGACAAAAGUGCAUCCUCAUUACCAGAUAUCGGAGCUUUCCGACUUGGCGGAUAGGCCUCUGGUCGGCGCUUUGACCAGCAGGCUGCAGGCCCUGCACGGCCAACUGCAGGUCUUUGUGGAAUGUGUGGACAACCUGGGGAAACCGUCAAUCGGUGCCGGUGAGGCUGCGUCAUCCUCGACCUCACCUUUCAAGUCGUCAUCCUGCUCUGGAGACGAACACGAUACACUCAAGACUGCAGAAGAGAAGCAGCCUGAUUGUAGGGAGCCGUUGCAGCCAGGGCUCAAAGGCCAAACGGAGGAGACGGGUGACCAUGAGACAAGUCAAAAGCACGCCGAGGAAGAGGAAACACAAAAUGCACUUGAUACGUGCCUCCAAACUGGCUUCUUCGCCAAUACGGUCCAGUCCAGUGAUUCCCACAGCAAGUCGUGCGAGGCAGACGCUUCCGCUCAAGCGGAGCUGCAUAAGGAGACGGAAGCUCACAGAGAAAUGACACUCAAAUUCUCUCAGCUCCAGGAAGAGCAACAGAAGGCUCUUCUCCGCCGGGACUUCCAACUGCAAAGUUUGGGCCUCCAGGCUCGACUUCAGCACAAGUUGUGGGGUCAAGAGAGGACACUGCUAGUGCAGGAGUCCCAGCAUCUCAAACAAGCGUUGUUGCUGCUCAGCCUCAAGCUGCGCUGUUUCCUCAAACAUUGGCGGCUGGGGAGCAACAAGGACACUGAGUGGAAGGAUAUCCUUGAGAUGAACAACCUGAAGGACCUCUACCUUUUAUUGGAAGAGGAUAGCCUGGGAAGCCCCAGUAAAAUGGCUGAUGGAGACCAACAAGGACUUAACCCAUCAAUCAAGUCGAGCGCUGUCAGCAGCACCCUGGCGGAUCUAAAGGUUGCUCUGCAAGACCUGAGUGGCGAGUUGCGGCAGGAGCGACAAGGCUCCCAGGAACUCACCCAGCAAUUUGCCAAAGCCAAGGCAUCGUGGGAAGUCCAGAGGACACAACUUAAAAGCCUCAUCACACAGCUUGAGAGCAAAGCAGCCAAAGCAAGCACUCCGACCUCAGCGGAUGCAACAGACACACCGGACUUAAAGGUGGCGCUAAACAGAGAGCGAGAGGAGCACCAGCACCUUUUGGCCGAGUCCUACGCGGCCGUGAUGGACUUGACUAAACAGCUUCAGAUCGGCGAGAGGAACUGGGGCAGAGAGAAGCUGGAGCUGUUGGAGAGGUUCAGCCAGGAGAGAGCUCAGUGGGAAAAGAGGCUGAGAGAGAGCAAGUCAAAGUCUCCAAGUGCUGGGUCGUCUUCAGACACAAUCGUCACCAGUAGAACGGGAUCACCAAGGACCAAAUCCACACCAGAACUUGACGCACCAGAAUUCCAGACCAGCUUAGCAACAGUCCUGCCUAAUUUGAUUUGCCCACAGCUGAGUGACUCCAACAAGAAGAACUGGACUUGUCUGACUAAUCAGACUCCGGAUGUCAGGGACCCCUUUAAAACAUGGGAUGGCCCCAGUGCUAGCAACUUAGUGAGCUCGCAACUGGAUCUGGAGUCGGUCCCAAGGAGCCAUACCGCUCCAGAAAGUACAGGAAUACGGAUGUACUACAGCCCACCGGCCGUCCGACGCGUCGAGCAUCAGCGAAGUACGCCGGACGGCAAUGAGCUGCAUCGUAACCCUGACGCGAGCCCUGCUCUGGGGACCGGUCCGGUUGAGCUUCAGCAGUCCCCGUCCUGCUUUUCGUGGUCUUAUGAGCAGUGGCUGAGCUCGCUGUCCAAGUCGCAUCUAGAGUUGCUGGAGAGCAGGAGCGAAUGCACCGCAGUUUCCGUCUCGGCAGACGGGAUGAGCUCGUCGGCGUUCCACAACUUGGAAAUGGGGGAGAUUUCCGCAAAUCUGAGCGACGACAUGAAGGAGAUGACGAACUGUGUGCGCCAAGCCAUUCGUUCCUCAUCUCUAGAGAGGAAAUCCGCUAAGGAACCCACCGUCAGCAGGUCCACGCAAACAGCAGCCCACUGCGUCAGCAUCGGGCUUCAAACCGACAUCCUCACCGCCAGCAGGGGCGCGGGAUUGCACGCUAAAGCCUGGUCUCCCCGGCCUUCGUCUACGACCGGAUCGCCGUUGGCGUCGGCGAGAACCAGACACAUAUCGACAUCUCUAGACAAAGUUCACUGCAGGAUAGAAAGGCCGUGUUGCUCACCCAAGUUUGGAUCUCCGAAGCUCCAGCGCCGCGUGUCCUCAGGGUCCACCUCCAGACUGGACGGGACUCGAGAACGCAGCCUGUGGAGCCUCCAGCAGAGACCCGUCGGAGGCGGUGGCGGCUCGGCGUGGGCUCGCUCAACCACUACCAGGGACAGCCCCGUGCUGAGCGGACUCACUGACGGGCUGUCUAGCCUCUUCAGUGUGGUGGAACAUUCUGGAAGCACAGAAACCUUAUGGAGGGGUGAUGGAGGUGCCGGUCCGGUUCGACAAGUUCACGCCGCAGGGAAACCCUCCUUCGCGUCAGUCUGUCCGUCUGAUCCAAGCGCUCAGCGCUUGGGUGGAAUAGUCACAGAGUUUUUCCACAACGUGUGCGGCGGUCGCGGCCGAGGAGCGCACAGAGACUGUGUCGACGAGCCGGUCGCCGCGGGAGCCUUGGCCGGACUGUGCGGAGGCAACGACAAUGUGACCAGGAUCGUGAACAAGCGCUUCAUGAGACAGACGGCCGGCGACGAGAUGAUCGGUGUCAUGGGAGGUGCCGGUUCUUCGGGUUCGGGGGCAGAGCAGGAUGGAGCCUGCGACUGCGCAACCCCGUCCCAUUGCCACGGACGACCUUCUCGAGGCCCUCGCAGUUCGCCGGGACAAUGCAAACACCGCCCGCACGAGUCGACGGCCUCCGUCGAGGACAAGAGCGACCUUUUGACAGAGUGACACUGCAACACGUUCACUUUUACCACUUGCUUAACCCAACACUUGCUGUAAAUUCACUGACAAAGUCAACACAUUGUUUUACUCAGAUCGUGAAACUAAUACAUUUUCAAGAAUUAAAUGCCAAUAAACCCUCGUACAUAGAGGACCAGGAGUGCCAAAUGAAAUAAGCGCGUGCGUGAGUAACCAUUUCAGGGAGAGUGGUGAUUAAAGUGGACAUAAGUCAAAAGUUAGCAUUAGCUUAACUCAUUUACUGCUAGCCCAGGUCACAGAAUAUACGCUGUGGUAGUUAUCAUAAGAGGGAAAUGCAUAUUUAAAAACACCUAUUGACGGGAAUAGACGUCCAGUCCGUUUCAAAUGGGAGGGAUUGCUUCUAGCCCUUCCCAGUUGAAAUGAAUUGGACGUCUAUUACUGUCAAUGGCAGCCAAAGAGUUAAGCUAUGAGCGGUCAUAAGAUUUAUAAAACGAAACAAAAAUAAAAAUCCUUUAAGAAAAAUGCACUCUUGCCACACUUACAGUAUUUCAAUAUAUACAUUUCCUUUUGUAUUUUUUUAAUUUUAAAAAAAAAAAAAAAGUUUCAACUGUUUAACUUUAUAUUUUUUCAAUUGUUUGUGGCGUUUUUAAUUAGCAUUUUUUUAAAAAUUUUUUGAUUCAUUCUUUAAAAAAUGGAUUGUUCAAUUAAUUCAUUUAUUAAAAAAAAAAAAAAAAAACUACAAAUGUCAAAAAUGAGGUUGGAGGGGCCGCAAUUGGCCCCUUAGCCACACAUUUCAGACCUCUUUCCUAUAUUAAUAUAAUUUAAAAAAAGAGUGGGGGAAAAAAAUCAUAAUUCAGCUAUGAGAGGUUUAAAUAAAUGAUUAAAUGUGUCAAUCAAUGUUAUUAGUGUUUAUUUUUCAAUGUUUAUAUAUUUCAAUUUUUAUGAAUUUAUUCAUAUAUUUAUUGAUUCAAUUCCACAUUUUUGAACACAGCGAACAACAAAUCCAAAUUGAAAUAAACGCAUUACAUCUUCCGUCAACGUUAAAAUAAAUAAAUACAUUUUUAAAUUAAUUUAACAUACAAAUCGAGAAAAUUUUGCGGAACAAAAAUUGUACCAAAAUAAUAUAAAAUUUAAAUAGCCGUUAAUAUUGAAAAACAAAAAUACAUAUGCAAUGAAAUAAUCACGUAAAUAAAUAAAACAAAAACAUUUUAUAAAACAUAACAUCAUUGUUAUUUUAUGUUAUUAUUAGGGUUGUUCCGAUCAUGUUUUUUUUGCUCCCGAUCUUAACCCGAUCGUUUUAGUUUGAGUAUCUGCCGAUCCCGAUAUUUCCCGAUCCGAUUCAAUUCCAAUCUUUCCCGAUAAUUUUUCCCGAUCAUACACAUUUUGGCAAUGCAUUAAGAAAAAAAUGAAUAAAACUCGGACGAAAUAUAUACAUUCAACAUACAGUACAUAAGUACUGUAUUUGUUUAUUAUGACAAUAAAUCCUCAAGAUGGCAUUUACAUUAUUAACAUUCUUUCUGUGAGAGGGAUCCACGUUUAGAAAGACUUGUGACUUUGUAUAUUGUGACUAAAUAUUGCCAUCUAGUGUAUUUGUUGAGCUUUCAGUAAAUGAUACUGUAGCCAUGGCCAAAUGCAUGAUGGCAAGUGGAACCAUGACUGUGCGUAGUGCUACCAAUUGACAUAUCUUCUCUGCGUUGGGUAAUAACAUAAGGUGUUAAGACAAAGAUCAAUUGCUACCUUGCUUCCCAUAAUAUUUCUAAUCGUAGGGAGAGGGAUUUAAGGUUUUAGCCAAUUAAAAAAGGCUCCAAAGGCUGUCAAAAUUCACUCUGCUGAUUUUACGCUGCCUUUUAUCUCUCUAUAUAGGUAAAACGGCGCCAUUACAGAUUGAGCGCAACAAUGCGUGGGUGGGUUGUGCAGCGCAUGUAUUGAUUGUGUUAAAUAUUUUAAUGUGAUACAUUUUUUUAAAAUGAAUUACCGCCGUUAACGGGAUAAAUUUGAUAACCCUACCUUAAGCCUAAACUAAAGACUCCGGAUGAGUGAAACAUAUUAUGUCUGUAACGUUAAAUACAAUUAGUAAACGAUUUAAUUAAAAAAUAUAUAUAUAUUAAAAAAAGGCAUGGCCGAUAUUUUUUCGCCGAUUCUGAUACUUUGAAAAUGACGUGAUCGGACCCGAUCAACAUCUCUAGUUAUUAUGUUUUUAUUGAUCUACUUUGAGCACUCCUGGUCCUCAACUAUAAAUUACUGUUAAAAAAGAAAAACAGAAUAUGUAUCCAUUAAAAGUAACAAGUAUUAAACCCUUACUAAACUAUAACAGGAUUUACUGAUUGGACUGUUAGUGCAGAAAAGUCAUCUCUAGUUGUUUUAACUUUCAUUACAUAUUGCAUUUUAUUGCGCUGCGUCACCUCCAUCUUUUACAAUUGAAAGUGCCUGUCUAACAAAGCCAGCAGGCCUUUUAUUUUCACGACAAUGAUUGUUUUUAUGCAGAACAACAAAUGCUUGAGGGACAACAAACAAAGGGUUUACAGGAUUAUGUCUACUGCACAUUUAUACAAAUACUAUAUCUGGGAAUAAAUUAUUUUUAUUUUUUUUAAUUGUAUACAUUUAUAGUCAUUUUGGGGGGCUUUUAUGCCACUCGGUUGUUUUUAGCUAAUCUUCAGAGGACCAUAAGUGCCAAAAUGAAACACAUCAAUUAACUAAUCAUUCAUUUUUCAUUCAUUUUGUUUCAGUAUUUAUUUAUACAUUCAAAGAUUUCAAUAUUCAGAUGGAAUCUUGAUUUGAGUGAAUGAUAAAAUAAAUAUAUCCAAAUUUGAACAACUGAAUGUCGAAAUUAUUAUUUAACGUCCUGAGACCAGAGCUUUUUUUUUCUUCUUUCAUUUCUCUUUGCUAUUUGAGAUUAAUAAGACCUAAGUUUCGAAACAAAGUUUGAUUUGUGUCCCAAAGUGAGGACAGUGGGAUGAUAAUAUAAGAUCUUAGACUUCACUAUCAGUUGACAGGACAGCUCCUAUGGGAACUACAACGGACAUCUUUAAUUGAGCGUCGUGGAAGCUUUAAAGCUUCUGCUCUGCCUGGCACGGCCCCCUAUAGGAAAUGUCUGUACACUGAAAAAAAAUGACUGGUGGAUUUACUUGAUAAAAUCAUUGUAACAACUUGCACUUACUUUAAUUAAGUAAAUGUUACUGCUUGCAAUAUUAAGUUCAGUUCACAAGCAGUAAAAUUGUACAUAUUCCAAAACCAACAGGAAAAUGGGUAUUUUGGAUUGAAUGUGAA